GCUGACGUUAGUAUCUCUCUCGCUCCCGAAGUGCGGUGACCUGCAAGAUUCCGCCAUUAUUCCUGCAACUAUAUUAUCGAGUGUCGGACAUCUUGCCUUCGUCUCGAGUCUGUGGAUUCUAGAGCUAAUAUUUUCUAGAGUAUUUGAGAUUUAUUGAAAGAGAGAGAGAAAGAAAAAUUAAAAGAAAAGAGAAGAAAAAGAAGGAUCGGUAAUGCGUUCUAGAGUAUUCGAGAUUCAUUGAAGAGAGAGAGAAAGGAAAAGAAAUUAAGAGAAAAGAAAAGAAAAAGAUUUUAAUUAAAGAGAGAGAGAAAGAAAAGGAAGUUAAAAGAAAAGAAAAAGAUUUGUAGGAUCGGUGAGACGAACGAAGGGAUACGAACGGAGGAGAAGAAGAAGGAACGAGAAUAGGAACGCCAGAUAAAGGAAAGGAGAAGAGGGAGGAGAAAAGGAGAAAGAACUAAUCAUGGCCUUCAUCUAUAAGCAGUUUAAGCACAAGAAAAGAAGUGAUGACACGUACGAGAGCGCAUACGUGGCUAUGUACGAGUUCAGCGCCACGAGGCCCGAUGAACUGGACUUCGUCGAGGGGGAUGAGCUGGAGUUCCUGAACGAGACCGACGGCGGCUUCUGGAAGGCGCUGAACAAGAGGACGCAGAAGGUGGGCUUCGUGCCUUCCAACUUUAUCAAGAAGAAGGAUGAUGAUGUCGGAGCCCAAAACGCUGACGUUAAAAAGGACAAACUGAUUACGUACGUCGCUCUGUAUGACUAUGAUGGGACUGAAUCUGGCACCUUAUCCUUCAAGAAAGGAGACAAGAUGGCACUGUUGGAGGCCACCAACGCCGACUGGUGGAAACUCAGGCUCCUAAAGACUUCAAAAAGGAGCAAUUCAUCUCUCCUCGAAGGAUACGUGCCGUCAAGUUACAUAAAAAAGGUGGAUGAACCGCAAGAAACCUGGUUCUUCGGCAAAAUAUCUCGAACAGAAGCCAUGGUGAUGCUUCAAUCCAACCACAAUUCGCCGGGAAGUUUUCUAGUGCGCAAGUCAGACUCGGCAACCGGAUAUUCUCUCUCAG